UUAUUCUCAUAAAUAUUCGGGGUCGGUGACAACACCUGCCCAGUUCGCAGCCGCAAAUAAAAACGUUAUUGUGUUGACUGUACCGUCUAUUACAUCUCUGUAACAAACCUGAUUAAAUAGACAGAGCAAACGACUUCUUCCCACUGGGCUCUACCCACCACAAUAGCUGCUAGCUAGGUGGGGUCGAUAGUAUACGCAGAUAACGAAUCAGGUGAACAGAAGAGCGAAAUCUGGACUAGCGCGUUCUGCGAUUUGAUUAAAUAUUUAGUAAUGCCGUUUAAUCCAACCUGUUUUUCUUUUUCUUAUUGACACAAGUGAAUCAUCACAUUUCGGGUUCUACGUGAUGACAAACGCGCAGGUGAAAAUGUGGGUCUGUCCCAUUCGUCAACAGAUAUAUACGUGAGCGUUCCGAAUGGGCGAGGGCUCGGGGUCUGCCGAGGUUAUUGGGUUUGUCACUGACGCCAAUCGCGGCAAGCAGCAACGAAAUGGCACACACAGAAAAAAAAAAAUGAGGGGCUGUUUGGUAUCAGUUAAAACGAAUCGUCAAUUGCUCUGACUGUCACUCGAGACCAACACGAGCAGAAAAACUUUCAACCAACCCGGACUUUGUAUGUACGUAUAUAUAUCCAUUCACUUGCAGCUCAUGCUAGGCAACAGUUGCCAUGACUGGACACAGCCGUUUGCGUCGUAUCCGGAUCAGUCCUGCGUCACUGCAGACCUCGGCAGACGUCGUGCAAAGAAAGGUGGAUCCCCUCCCCCAUCUAAAAAUAUAAAAAAAAAAAAAAUGUGGAACAGAAAGCGUGGAAACGAUUCAAGUGUUUCAAAGUGACGACUAUACAACCUUGACUUGAUUGUAGGUUGGUAUACAUAGUCGCCAAACUGCGUACGUGUUGGACGCCCGCGUUCAUUGGAUUUUGUUUGUUUCCUUCCAUUUGAAACUCCCCUCCUCUUGCCUAAAUCACAUUUUAUAACAGAUUUUGAUUCAAUUCAAUCAAAAAGAAUUUUGAAAAAAUAUAAAAGAGAGAAAGGGCCAAAAAACACAAAACAGCUGAGAAAUGGUGAAAAGCGACGGACGCCAUUGGUUCAGGUGUGGCGGGCGUCGUCAUAGCGACGCCAAUCUGGAUAAACCAAUCGCUGGCGCCUCCGCACGUAACGUCGUGUGUCCGCCGGGGCUGCCGUGCGUAGCAUUUCUCUCCGCUGCGGUGGUGAGUGCUGGUAAGAGAAGAGGAGUAAUAAGAGGUGGGUUUCCCUCCCAACCACCCACCCGAAAAGAAAAAAAAAAAAAACACAACAAGAAAGAGAGGGGGAGAGCUCCCGCCGACAACAGCAGCCAAACGGGGCAGAAUCAGGUGAGUCAAGAGGGUGGUGGGUGGUUAAAAAAAAACUACCGUGUAGUAGGUACUACUGCAUUUUUUCCGUUGCUGGAUUUUCCCAAUCCGCAGCGCAACAGCAACAGACUGGAACUCUCCUCCCCCCGCAGGCCAUCCAGCAGCUAGAUCUCCACCCCCUUCUCUCUCUCUCUGCCCAUAUGGAAAAGGCAGCUCUCCUCAAUCCUCGUACACAUACAGUUUAUCUAUCCACCUACCUUUAUCCAUCUUUGCUUCUUAUUCUGCUGGCCGCCUAUAUAGAAGCCAACUGCUUUUUUUUCUCUCUCUCUUAUAAUAUUCCGAAGGGUUGAUUUUUUUUCUCCUACCUCCACCUGGGUGUCUUGCAAGGUGUUGCAGCCAACAACCCAAAAAAAAAGAAAAAGAAGAAGGCAGUAGGAGGAGCUUUAAAAAAAAUAAUAAUCACAAAAAAACUUGAGAGAGUUUCGAACGAGUGUCUUAUGCGAGCCGCUGUGCCAGCCGACCGUCUAGUUCAAGUCCUGACGCCGUCGUGCUCAGGUGUGCAAAUCACCUCCUCACCUCUCUCAUCAACGUUUAGCCCAUCUCCUACUGUGUGUUUAAUCGAGUCGUAUUGUUCAAUCGUUUGAUUUCUUCGAGACCCCCCCCCCCCCACAAACGACGAGUUGGACUCCCGAAUUUUUGGUGGCCGUUUCUUGUCGAAUUGAUUUCGGGGUUUUUGAACGGAUUUAAUUCUCAGCCCAGUUCGGUUCACUGGGAAUUUUUUAAACUGUGUGCUGCGCAAGUGUACAAUUGCGGUCGACUGGAAGUUUGUUCUUUUCUCCAAACAUCCGCAGUGUUGUUUCUCGCAUGGUGAUCGCCAGUGUGUCUAGUUCAAUCUCGAAUUAUUUCCGCAAAAAGUUUCAACGGAAUUGUUGAAAUUGAUUUUUUUUCGUUGUGUUUUCAUCAAACACUAUUCACUUAAAAAAACAAAAUGUACGAAAAUUCUUCUUCGCCCGUGUCUGCUCGCCAGCAGCAGCACGAAGCUGAAAUCAUCCGGCGGAUGAGCGCCGCUCGAUCCAGCGCAUUCAACGUCGUCGCCCCCUAUUCCCUGGAAGCCCAGCAGCAAGGCAUAAGCAAAGACGUGGACGGUGUCGGUUACGGAGCCAAUCCCUUUCUCGGUUCAUUCGGUCUACUUUCGACAUCUUGGCUGGUCUGGUCGAUACAACAACAACAGCAGCAGCAACAGCAACAGCAACAACAGCAGCAGCAAUCGCAUCAGAAUGGAACUGCAACUCCCAAUUCGCCCAAUCCGUUCUUCUAUCCGUUCGGGGCUGGCCAUCCCCUUUUGCCCAGCGCUGCAUUCCUUCGAGCGUCGCUUGCAUCGGCCCAGCGACCGGCCGUACCAGCCCCUCAAGUGACUCCACCCUCAGAAGUGCCGGCGAAUGCCAAGUGCCGAUGGAUCGAUCCACAACAGCCGGCCCCCGAGACGCCACUCAAUCUGAGCACAAAGCCCAAGGCUAAAGGGAUCUGGUCGCCGGCCAGCUUGUGCGAGGAGGAGCAGAGCAGACGGACAACGACGACGACUGGCAAAAUUGCUGCCGCUCCGACGGCGGCCAGUUCGCCGGAUCGAUGCGAUUCCCCCCAGAAGGCCACGUCACCGGAUUCUCCGCCCCCAAGCGGCCGGAGAUCCUCCGAGGUGGAAGACGGCAGCAGCCCUUACCACUACCGGGCCACGUCGGCCGCCGCUAACGGGACGGCUCGGUUCGCCCGCGGCCCGACGGCCGCCGCUCUCUUCCGGCCUUUCGACCCGUUUUACAGCAUGCGAUUGCCGGGUCACGGCGGAGUCGGCGGCAGCUGGAAAGCGGCCGACGACCAGCACCAGUACCAGCACCAUCAGUACCACCACCACCAUCAGGAGCCGCAGCACAGUCCCCAGGACAGCCGGCAGAGUUCCGGCGGAGAGGAGAGCAUCUACUCGGACAACAUCAAAGACGAGGACAUGACGGCCCAUUUCUGCCGCGUCUGCGACCAGUCCUUCUCCUCCAUUGCCGCCCUGGAGGCUCACGUGCGUCAAAAUCACUGCGACGUCCUGAUGGACGGCUCGUCCGUCAGCGGAGACGGCCGCGACCAGCACCAAAGGAUAAACAUGGGCGCAUUCCCUUGCUCCCGCUGCCCCAAAGUAUUCGAAAUCGGCGCCAGUCUCGAACAGCAUUUAGCAACGCACCACGCCUCACGUUCUUUCCAGUGCAAGCAAUGCGGCAAGACGUUCAAGCGGUCGUCGACGCUGUCGACUCACCUGCUGAUCCACUCGGACACCCGGCCGUAUCCUUGCCAGUACUGCGGCAAAAGGUUCCACCAGAAAUCCGACAUGAAGAAACACACCUACAUCCACACAGGUGAGAAGCCUCACAAGUGCAUCGUGUGCAGCAAAGCCUUCAGCCAGUCGUCCAAUCUGAUCACCCACAUGCGCAAGCACACCGGCUACAAGCCGUUCGCCUGCGGACUCUGCGACAAGGCCUUCCAGCGCAAGGUCGACCUGCGGCGGCACCGCGACAGCCAGCACCCGGCCAUGGCCCACCUGCCGCUCCCGCCGCCUCUCCCGCUCAACAAGAGCGAGCGGACCGGCAACGCAACCGUCGCCGGCACGGCCAACAUCGUCUGAUUUCGUCUCCAGCUCAGAUGAGAGACGAAUGAUUUAUUAUUACAAAAUAAUAACAGCAUACCGGCCGGAUAGAUAAUCAUGAUGUUAUCUAUAUCGAAAAACCCGUCAAGUUAUUGCUGCCCACUACUCUUGUACAUAAUUAUGCGACGACUAGGGAAAUCUGUAGAAUCUGACGACACACAAACACAAUCCGUGCCUUUUUCUUUGAUUUUUAAAUGAGUUGAGAUCAACCCAAACCAAUGACGUAUUUAUAAUAAUUCUAAUUUUGAUGUAUAGGCCUACUUGACUUGUUGCCCUAUAGCUCACUCUCUACUCUCUCUCUCUCUCUCUCAUUCAAUGGCUCACAGUCUCUCUCUUUUACACACACACACACCCCACGCCCUCCUCUAUAUUAUACAUAUAUGAAUAUCAUUAUUAUAACUAUGUAGCCCCGUCGUUCCACUAAUCCGAAUCGCUUUUCCUCUCUAGUCUCCUAUUACAUGUAAAAUGCCCCUCCCCCCUUUUCAUCCGCAAAAGACAAAAUGAGUUGUUA